CCUUAAUGCACUCACAUUUUAUAGCAAUUUAGAAAUAAAUAUAGUAUAGACUCUAUAGUCUAUGCAGUGGAGACAAGAAAUCAUCAGUACACAAAAAGGGAGCCUUUAUUCCUACUUUUGCUAUUUAAUUACUCUAGGAGAUAUGAUUAGUCCCUCCUACCCUUGUUACCAACUUAUUAAGAUUAAUUUCUUCAUGAAUUCAAAUCCCCACUUCACUCCAGAAGAGCACAAGAGUCAACUGAAGCAGCCCUUUUCCUAGGGCAAAGGAUGAACAAGUUUCCCAUAUACCCAAAAUAUGAAGCUGGGGACUAUUGUGGCUACGAGUUUGAUCCUCAGACUGACUUUAAGGAUUUCUUGUCAGAAGCAAGAAAGCGUGUAUCUGAAGGGAAAUUUGGUGCUACGCCUACACGUUCUGUUGAAUUGAGAAACAACAAUUUUGAAAAUAAUGUAAAGAAAACAUGCAAGAAGUCAUGGAGAAGUUCUCUGUUUUCAUGGCUGAAGACCGAUAAGAAGAAGAAGAAUCAGGGGAUCAGAGAAACUUCAAAAGGCUCUACCAUUAACAAGCUGAAGCGUGGAUGUGUCUCUGGUCCAAUGCCAGGGAUCAGUGGGCCGGGUACUAUAGCUGGCAAGCCUAAUAAGCCUUUGUCUGGACCCCUCACAAGUAUGUUCAGUUCAAUGAACAGAGGGGACAAUGAAAUACCUUAUCUAUGUCUUAAGAAGGUUAAGGAUAAUGCUACUGAUGUUCAAUCUUAUGGACCUGUUUAUCUGGUAACUUAGGAUUGCAAAAGGGUAGGUUUAAUUUAGCAGCGCUUAAGGUAUGUGUGGAUUUAUGUGUUUUAAAUUCCAUUUGUGUGAGGUGAAUGCUAACAAAUAUCAUUUGCAAGAAAAGAAUUUGCAUUUGUUGCACGGAAUAGGUUAUUUUGUUCGGCUUGAACUAGUUGUGCAUAUUGUGAACCUAUUAAUUCUAGAUUCUGAAUUCGCCGCUGAUUA